AUGACACAAGGCACCAAAGAAAAAKGAAGUAUCUCCGAGAAUUGGAAAAGUGAUUAUGCUGUCUUCCAGCUUGACUUACUCAUUGUAGAUGCUAACAUAUGCAGUGAAUCAUACGAGUUGCGACUGCUAAGGAAACAUAUUUCAAGGUAUUACCCAWGCUGGGCCAGGGAACAAAGUGAAGAAGAGGCCGCCUCGGCAGAGCCCCCCUUGAUGCUUCUGAUUUCUGCUGAUAAACAAAACCAAAACCAAACCAAAACGGUUUUGAAUUGCACCGUGAAAAGGCGAAUUGCACCAAAAAUGGUGCAAUUUCAGAGCAGAACCGCCUCUGCCUGUGUGUGUAAGGGCAGCCGGCAGGGCCGCAGAGGCCUGAGCGGGCCGGGCCCUGGCGCCGGGCCGGGGCUGAUGCCGGUGCUGAUGCCGGUGCUGAUGCCGAUGCCGGUGUCGGUACCGCUGUCGGUACCGGUGUCGGUGCCGGUGUCGGUGGAAAAUGUUCGGUUACUUGAUCGUGUAUCUUCCAGAAAAGCCACCCUGGGCACCUUGUAUUUAACAGCUACUCAUGUCAUAUUUGUGGAAAAUGCUUCUGAAACUCGUAAAGAAACAUGGGUUCUUCACAGCCAGAUUUCCUCCAUUGAGAAGCACGCCACGACCGCCACCGGCUGCCCCUUGCUGAUCCGCUGCAAGAACUUCCAGGUCAUCCAGCUGGUCAUCCCUCAGGAGCGAGAUUGCCACGACGUUUACAUCUCCCUAAUACGUCUAGCACGACCAGUAAAAUAUGAGGAGCUAUAUUGUUUCUCCUUCAACCCAAAAUUAGAUAAAGAAGAACGAGAACGAGGCUGGAAGCUUGUGGACCUCAGUGCAGAAUAUAACCGCAUGGGCAUCCCUAACAAUUACUGGCAGAUCAGCGAUGUAAACAGAGACUAUGGAGUCUGUGACUCGUAUCCUACAGAAGUGUAUGUACCAAAAUCCGCAACUGCACACAUCAUAGUGGGGAGCUCUAAAUUUCGGAGCCGAAGACGUUUCCCAGCUCUUUCUUACUAUUACAAGGAUAACAAUGCCUCCAUAUGUAGGAGCAGCCAACCUUUAUCUGGCUUCAGUGCUCGAUGCCUUGAAGAUGAACAGAUGCUCCAGGCCAUUAGGAAAGCAAAUCCAGGAAGUGAUUUCUUAUAUGUUGUUGACACUCGGCCCAAACUCAAUGCAAUGGCAAACAGAGCAGCGGGAAAGGGAUAUGAAAAUGAAGACAACUAUUCUAACAUCAAGUUUCAGUUCAUAGGCAUUGAGAACAUCCACGUCAUGAGAAGCAGUCUGCAAAAAAUGCUUGAAGUUUGUGAGCUGAAGUCGCCUUCUAUGAGUGACUUUCUGUGGGGCCUAGAGAACUCUGGCUGGCUGAAGCACAUCAAAGCCAUUAUGGACGCUGGCAUCUUUAUUGCAAAGGCUGUGGCUGAGGAAGGUGUGAGUGUGCUUGUUCACUGCUCUGAUGGCUGGGAUAGGACAGCCCAGGUUUGCUCCGUAGCGAGCCUUCUGUUGGAUCCGUAUUACAGAACCAUGAAGGGAUUCAUGGUGCUAAUUGAAAAAGAUUGGGUUUCCUUUGGUCACAAAUUUAACCACAGGUAUGGCAACCUAGACGGUGAUCCGAAGGAGAUCUCUCCUGUGAUUGACCAGUUCAUCGAGUGUGUUUGGCAGCUAAUGGAGCAGUUUCCUUGUGCCUUUGAAUUCAAUGAAAGAUUCCUGAUCCAUGUACAACAUCAUAUCUAUUCUUGCCAGUUUGGUAAUUUCCUGUGCAACAGCCAGAAGGAGCGACGAGAGCUUAAAGYCCAGGAACGAACCUACUCACUGUGGGCUCACUUGUGGAAAAACCGUGCAGAUUACCUGAACCCUCUGUACAGAUCGGACCACAGCCAAACCCAAGGGACCCUGCGCCCACAGAUAGCUCCGUGCAACUUCUUGUACAAGUUCUGGAGCGGGAUGUACAACCGCUUUGAAAAGGGGCUGCACCCGCGCCAGUCAGUUACUGAUUACCUGAUGGCCGUGAAGGAAGAAACACAGCAGCUGGAAGAAGAACUGGAGGUCUUAGGAGAGAGAUUGGCAAGUCUUCAGAAAGUGCAAUUAAAUGACAAUAAAGUCAAGAGCAAGCAACAAGACCAACAUAAAGAGUUAGGGCGCUCUACUUUCAACAUCAGUUUGGCUAACACCCCCCAGGAGUAUAACGACGGCCUGAAAUCAUUCCCCUCACGAAGCCCUUCACAAGGAGAUGAAGAAGAUUCAGCCCUGAUUUUGACACAGGACAACCUGAAAAGCUCUGAUCCCGACCUCUCAGUCAACAGCGAUCAGGAGUCAGGCGUGGAGGACUUGAGCUGCAGGUCUCCGAGCGUCGGGGGCUGCCUGCCUAGUGAAGACAGUGGCAAAGACUCAGACGAAGCUGUAUUUCUAGCUCUCUGAAAUACGUUCGUAGGAACAAGAAGUCAGAUCCAGAUAGGGCUGUGUCUUUCAGUCUGAAAUCAUAUUUUUAUCCAUCAAACAGGACAGGAAUGGUCUGUGGCCUGAAGAAAUUAAUAACCCAAAGAAAGGGAACUGUGCAAUUGUGUAAGUAAAGAAAAAUAAGCCAUUAUUAGUUGUAAGACGUAACACUAAGUAAACAGCACUCCCUGCUGUUCCAAAUAUUUAUUUGAGCCAUUGUGAUAUUUGUUUUAACUGCAAAUUAUUCCUCAGCUUGUAAAUUUAUUUCCAUAAUUUAUUGUAAAAAAUAGUUCUCCAAAGAUGUGAAAUUCCAAAGUACUCUUGUUAUGCAUAUGAAGAAAGUUAAAGAUAAUAUUAGCCUUACUGGUAAAUCAAAACUUAUUUUGUGGCGCUCUGAUUUCAUACAUAUUGUGUGCAUUUUUUUUUUUUUUUGUUCCCAUGUGAGGUUUCAAGACUUCAAUUUCAGCCAUUAUUUUGCAUUUUCUGCUAUUAAAAUCUCUCAAGGAAGAGUAAAAUUAACAAAUCAUUAGGCUUGCUUAGGGUUCUCUCAUCUUGCCAAGUGAUCCUGGAG